UUCCUCUGUCGUUGAGGGAUCCUCUGCUGUUUUGGUCCAUCCGACCCCAGAGUCGAAAAUGACAGCAAGGAAGUCUGGCUCACGACUGGAGACAGAGAUAGAGCGGUGCCGUUCAGAGGCCCAAUGGGACAAAAUACCGGAGUUAGUAAGGCAGCUCUCGGCCAAGCUCAUCUCAAACGAUGACCUCGGGGAGCUGUUACUGGGAGAAUGUAAGCUCCAGACAUACCUGAAGGAGAAUCCCAUCAAACAGGGUGCCAGUCCCAGGGGCCCACGACCCAAACUGGUGGAGGUCAGGAAACACCUCACUGCUGCUCUGGACAGAGGAAACCUGAAGGCUGACUACCUCCAGGAAGCCAGCCUGCUGAUGGCUAAACUCUGUUAUGUAGAGGGAGAAUAUAAAGAUGCUUUAGGUAACUAUAGCAGGGUGAACCUGGAUGAGCUGCAGCUGGUUGGGGCUCCUGUCUACAGGCUGUCCAUGAUAGCAGAGGCCUAUGCUACUAAAGGCCUGUGUCUGGAGAAGGUGCCAGCUGCCUCUCCAUCUCUGACCAAUAAAAACACGGGGUCUCCGUCAUCCAAUAGGGGCUCAACAGAACGGGAGCAGGAAAUCAUCACCUGCUAUGAAAAGUCAGGAGACAUUGCUCUGCUUUAUCUGCAGGAGGCCGAGAAGGCUCUGUCUGCAGGGAUUCAGAACCGCAGCCCAAAGCCUGGCCCUGCAGCCCAAGACCAGGAACUGGGGUACUUCCUGGAGACAGGCCUACAGAGAGCCCACGUCAUCCACUUUAAAAACGGCAAUUUGACACAUGGUGUAGGUCGAUUUCGGGAGAUUCUUCGGGCUGUUGAGACCAGAACAACUCAGAACCUUCGCAUGACCAUAGCGAGACAGCUUGCAGAGAUCUUGCUCCGAGGAAUGUGCGAACAGAGUUACUGGUCUCCUCUUGAAGACCCGCCCACUGCGUCGCCAUUGGACGAUCCCACUCGGCAAGGACACACUCACAGCAAGAACUACAGCUUAAGCCGACGCCCACGGGUGUACUCAGGAGAGAAUCUGUUUUGCCCUCAGGAAAACACAGAAGAAGCUUUGCUGCUGCUGCUCAUCAGUGAAUCAAUGGCAAACCGUGACGCUGUGCUGAGCAGGAUUCCUGAACACAAUAAUGAUCGUAUCAUCAGCCUCCAGUCUGCCUCCGUGGUGUACGACCUGCUGACUAUCGCUCUGGGCAGGAGAGGGCAGUAUGAGAUGCUGUCAGAGUGUUUGGAGAGAGCCAUGAAGUUUGCCUUUGAGGAGUUCCAUCUCUGGUACCAGCUCGCUCUGUCGCUAAUGGCUGCAGGGAAAUCCGCUCGGGCUGUUAAAGUUAUCAAGGAGUGUAUUCGUCUGAAGCCUGAUGAGCCCACCAUACCUCUACUGGCUGUCAAACUGUGUAUCGGACCCCUGCACUGGUUGGAAGAGGGGGAGUCCUUUGCAAAGAUGGUGAUUGACAUGGGGGAGAAAGCAGCUGAGUUUAGAGCUAAAGGCUACUUGGCCAUCGGCCUGGUUUACAGCCUCAAAGCCACUGAUGCGUCAUUACGAAGCACACAGGAGGAGUACCAGAGGAAAGCUUUGGGAGCCUUCCAAAGAGCUCAGAGUCUGUCUCCCACUGACCAUCUAGCAGCUUUCUACCUGGCGUUGCAGCUGGCGGUGUCCCGACAGAUCCCUGAGGCACUGGGCUACGUUCGACAGGCGCUGCAGCUACAAGGGGAUGACGUCCAUUCCCUUCAUCUACUGGCACUGCUGCUUUCUGCCCAGAAACACUACCACGAUGCUCUCAAUAUUAUCGAGAUGGCCUUGUCUGAAUACCCCGAGAACUUCAAUCUACUGUAUACGAAGGUGAAGUUGGAGUCGAUGUGUCGAGGACCCGAGGAAGCUCUGCUCACCUGUAAACACAUGCUGCAGAUCUGGAAGAGUUUUUACAACCUCACCAACCCCAGUGAUUCGGGGCGUGGCAGCAGUCUGUUGGAUAGAGCCAUAGCAGACAGACGACAGCUCAACGCCAUGACUCUGCCCGACUUCAGCGACCCUGAGACUGGCGGCCUUCAGGACGCUAACACUCUUGGUUUUUCCUCCAUGUUUUCUGUUUGUUCGGUCCACGCCACGUCUAUAGCAGCCAGUCGUGUGGAGCAGGCUCUGUCGGAGGUAGCGUCCUCUCUGCAGAGCAGUGCCCCCAAACAGGGACCCCUGCACCCCUGGAUGACUCUGGCUCAGAUCUGGCUGCAUGCAGCUGAGGUGUACAUUGGCAUGUCGAAGCCUGCCGAAGCCUCAGCCUGCACACAGGAGGCUGCCAAUCUCUUCCCCACAUCCCAUAACGUACUGUACAUGAAGGGCCAGAUCGCCGAGCUGAGGGGCAACAUUGAUGAGGCCAAACGCUGGUAUGAAGAGGCGCUGUCCAUCAACCCAACGCAUGUCAAGACGAUGCAGAGGCUGGGUCUGAUCCUCCACCAGCUGCAGCGCUACAGUUUGUCAGAAAAGGUUCUUCGGGACGCUGUUCAGGUCAACAGUACGGCUCACGAUGUGUGGAACAGUCUGGGUGAGGUGUUGCAAGCUCAGGGCAACGCCGCCGCUGCCACCGAGUGUUUUCUCACCGCCUUGGAGCUGGAGGCUAGCAGCCCCAUUCUGCCAUUCACCAUCAUACCCAGAGCACUAUGAAACACAAACACACACACACACACACACACACACACACUCUCUCUCUCUCACACAGUUCUUGUACUGUAGCACAGCGGCACAAAACAUAAACACUUCUCAUACACACACGGCAUGCCUGCAUGCUGCUUCCACACCUGCACAAAGUUUGACUGCCGAGCCCUCAAACACACACAAUAUACAGAUGCUUUUUUUUUUUUUUGCCAUCCCAUAACUGCUUCCCCUUUCUCUCCCCACAAUGCCUUGCUGUGGCUGUGUGACCCUUCGCAUCAUAAGAGUCCUGCUGCUGAAAACCUGUUGGUUGCCAUAGAGACGCACCCUCAGCUUGUCUGUUGCCACAUCAUGUGUGUCUACGCGUGAGAGAUCCUGAGUCUGUGCGCUGAUAAGUUGCUUGUGUGUAUCAAUAUGCACUUUUUGUGUGUGCCUGUUUGUGUCUGUGCAUGUACACCACAUCUGUAUGUGUGUGCCAACAUGUUGCCUGUGCAUAUUUGUGUGCAUUUGUAUGUGAUUUGUAGUAUGCUGUGUGUGCUUGUUUUGUCCUGUUUAAAGAUGUAAAUAAGAAUGACUCUUGAGUUACUUCUCUGGUGUUGUUAGCAUUAAGAGUUUACAUUUUGUUUACAUGGUAUCUUGCCAUUUUUCUUUCACACACUGAGGGUUGAUUAGCAGAUACGGAUGGAUUGUGGGCAGUUUUGUUUAUAUCUUUUUCUAAGCCAAAUAUUACACACACUACACACUGAAGUGACCACUGCGCACACAUGCAUUCUCAUUUACAUAAAUACAAUUUGCCACAAACACACACAUGUUCACUCGUUGCUGUUUAAAUGGAGAGAAUCAUAGUUACUGUAAGGCUGUCCGUGGACAGUCAGAUUUAUGAGAGUCUACUGGAGCACCGACAGACAGGAUCAACAGAUCGCUGAGGAAUCAAACCAUUAAAUUCUAAAUGCCAAAACCCAGGCUCCAUUUACACACACAGGAAAUCUUUUUUAAACUGCUCCUCUGUAAGAAAGUGUCAGCUCCCAGUCUUAAAUUAAAGCACAUUGCGUCUUGUGUUUACAGCCUUCAUCUGUCCAAUUUUGUCAUAUUUUACAGACUUACUGAGAUAUACAGUAUUUAUAUUAUCAGCCUGGCUUUCUGUCAGUUUACACCAAAUGAAAGAUACAUAAAUACCUUAAUAAAUGUGCAUUUUCAGUUCUUCCUGCUUAAUUAGAACACUUGACUUUAAAAAUAGUUAUGACUCGUAAACCUUUUAAAAAAAAAAAAAAAAAAACAGAUUUCCUGUUGUGUCUAAAUGCAGUCACAGUGAUUGUGUUGUCUUCAUGUCCUGUCACAGUCAUGUCAAAUACAACUAGAUGAAUAUAAUCUUUCUCUUUUUCCUAUUUGAUUUUUAAAUAUAAAUACAAAGAGUUAUUGUUGUAUAUAUGAUUGUUUCAUGUGAAUCAUUGUUAUUAUUUUAGAAAGUAAAUUAUAAAUAUAUUUUCUGGAGAAUGAUGUUACUGAGAUGCUGUUGGAGGAAUAAGAGGACGGCCUGAUUCUUUUCAGGGAGUCCUCUGUGCUGUAAAUGAAUGACUGAAAGGAGGAUGAUAAUAAUAAAAUAGUUAAAACAAUA